AUAAUCUUCAACUAUACCAUUGGGUUCGUGUUGUCAAUGGUGUUCCGCCUACAGGGGAUUAUUUCUUUUGCCAAGUAUAAUAAGUCUGUUGACAUUAUCAGAUACACAGAUGAGGAGUAUGACAAGCAUUUGACGAAUCCGAUGUGGACCAAGGAGGAGACGGAUGAACUGUUUGACUUGUGUGAGAGGUUCGAUCUCCGAUUUAUUGUAAUUGCUGAUAGGUUCCCUUCAUCUCGGACUGUAGAAGAAUUAAAGGAUCGAUAUUAUAGUGACGAAGUCUUCGUAUGUACUUUUUCAUUUGCACUGGGAGUGUGGGAGGUAGGAUAGAGCUGUGCUCCUGUAACUACGGUCAAUCUUUACUCAUAGUAAAAUGUAUGUUGGAGGUUGCUGAAGAGUCUCAGUUGGCUGUAACUUCGAAUGCUGGUGCAGAAGUUUCAGAGAGGGCCGUCCCUAGUGACACUGUUUCUCCAUUGAAUGUGCCUUCCACAUCACCAGACAAUGCAUCUAUUCUAGCUUCUCUUGCAUGCUUCGUGUAUAAUCAUAAAUGUAUGCAGCAGAGCAAAUGUGCAAGCUGCAAACUCAUCAACUGGACUUCGGACUGUCAAACGGAUUGAGCAAAGUUUGCAAGAUCUUGGGGUUUGUCAAGACUCUUUUGAACUUUAAUGCAGUUUAGAUAUUUCAUUUUUUCCCCUAGCUGGUGCAAUUAUGUAGUUAUUAGUUAUUACUGCUUUUCUUUUAACAGCAUAUGAAAGCCUUAUUUUUUCAUUUCUGGAGAGCUGAUUAUUUUAAAUGCUUUUUCUAACUGUUAAAUUUUUGUUUGGUUUUGAGAGUAGAGCUGUGAUGGAGCUUGUGCACUUUCAAAUUAGGACAUCCCGGGGGCAACAUAAUUGUUUACGCAAAACAUUCUCCACCCACUCCCAAUCUUCGCAUAUGGGUAUCUGGUCAUGGGCGGAUCUACUUGGAAGUGAGGGGUUCAAAUGAACCCCCUGAACAAAUUUUUUUUGCACUUACACUCCUAUAUAAUAUAUUUUUUGAACCCCCUGAAAAUUUUAAAUUAUACUAGUAGACCAAGUUUUGCACCUAUUUGCACUAAAGACUUACCAUCACUUACUCCUCUCACUCUCUCACACACACGCGCACUCAGCCACUCACCCUCUUUCUCUCGCUGCCUAAGUCCCACUCAACUGAGAUGUGAGAACUGCAAUCAGAAUCAUCGUCUGCAAAAUAGUUCAAUCUCAAAUUAUGCUUCCUUUGUUUAAUUUUUCUGUUUCGAUUUAGAUACUUAAUUCUUGAAGACAAUCGAAUUAUUCAUUUAUCUAAUCUUUACUGAAUUGGAAACGUUCGAUGAGAAAAAUAUAUUUUUUCUGGUAUUUUCAGUUUAGAUUUCUCACCUCAGUUGGUCAAUUUAAACUAAGAUAUUUUGCAUGUGCAUAUAUACAUAAAUAUUAAUGAAUCAUACAUACAUAUACAUGUGCAUAUAUACAUAAAUAUUUGCAGAUAUAAAAUUUCAAAUGACAAGUAUUUUUUCCUCUGUUUUUAUUUAUUUGGGCUGCUAUUUCCGUUAGUAAGUAAAAUGAUAAGAGAAAGUCGUUUUUAUAUAUUUCUACAAGCCUUAUGUAAGAUUUAACUUUAUUCAGUUUUCCUUUGAUUGAGGGGAGAAAAGGAUCGCUACUGCUAGUGUAAAUUGUUCAACGAUUUCAUAAUAUGAAAUCACGUAGAUGACAACUAUGACUUGCAUAAUUUCUUAUGUAUAAACAUAUUAAAGUUGUUUUUAAUUAUAUUUUUACCGAUGUUUUCAUGUGAAAAAUUUGAACCCCCUGGUCAGGGGGUCCUGGAUCCGCCACUGUAUCUGGUUAGUGCAAUGAUGUAACACUCGAUCCCAACUCCAGCAGCUUGAGCAUAUCUGUGGAUUUAUGAGUAGUGCCCAGACACAAGUACCACACUGACCCUCUGAUAGGUACCCGCCGCAUUACAUAGGUCAAUUUGAAACCAAAGGUUCCAACGAAAGCUGUUUGUGCAGACCAUCUUGAAUUAAGAAAAGAAAUUCAAGAUAUGGGAUAACUCCAGAGACAGGUGUUGUGCAUGCCCCUGUUCUCUAUAAAUGAAACCACCCUUGGCUUUGAUCUUCACAACAACACUUGAGACUAGCACAAUAUUUCUGGGUGAAGUUAUUCAGAACUUGUAAGACUCUAGGGUGAAAGAUUCUGUUUUCAUUGCAACUUUUUGCUGGACCUACUAAGAUGGAAGAGAAGAAGCAGAUAACAAAGGGGAAAUAUGCUGCUAAUAUUUCCUCCAUAAUGGAAGCCAAUCUUCGGAUCAAACCACAUGUUCUUAGAACACCUGUUCUGACCUCCACCUCCCUUAAUGCUAUGUCAGGAAGGCAGCUGCACUUCAAGUGUGAAUGCUUGCAAAAAUGCGGAGCUUUUAAAUUCAGAGGAGCUUGCAAUGCGGUUUUCUCUCUUCAUGACGAAGAGGCUGCUAAAGGGGUUAUUACGCACAGCAGCGGAAAUCAUGCUGCAGCACUCUCUUUGGCAGCCAAGCUUCGUGGGAUUCCUGCCUUUAUAGUUGUUCCAAAAACUGCACCCACCUGCAAAGUGGAUAAUGUAAUGCGCUAUGGUGGUCAUGUUAUCUUCUCUGAGGACACUAUCAAAUCAAGAGAGGAGACUGCAGCUAGAGUGCAGCAAGAAACUGGUGGUAUACUUAUACCGUCAUCUAAUGAUGGGCGCAUAAUGAGUGGUCAGGGCACCAUAUCACUUGAGUUUUUGGAACAAGUCCCACAACUAGAUACACUAGUUGUACCUAUAAGUGGAGGUGGUAUGAUCUCGGGAGUGGCACUGGCUGCCAAGUCCAUCAACCCUGCUAUUCGAAUUUUAGCGGCGGAACCUAAAGGGGCUGAUGAUGCAGCACAGUCUAAAGCGGCUGGGAGGAUUAUUAGGUUGCCCGAGACCAACACAAUAGCUGAUGGACUUAAAGCAUUCCUUGGAGAUUGCACAUGGCCUGUGGUUCGAGACCUAGUUGACGAUGUGAUAAUUGUGGAAGACAGUGAAAUCCUGAAAGCAAUGAAGCUGUGUUUUCAAAUUCUGAAGGUGGUUGUCGAACCAAGUGGAGCAAUUGGCCUUGCUGCGGUACUAUCAGAUUCUUUCCAGAAAAAUCCUGCUUGGAAGGACUGCAACAAUAUCGGUAUUGUUGUUUCAGGAGGCAACGUUGAUCUAGGCGUGCUAUGGGAUUCUUUGAAUAAAGCAAUAUGAAGUACUCAAUAGAAUUAUAUGUUCUUCUUCACACGAAUCUGAAAUAGGAUUUGUUUAAUUGGACUCUUGUUUAUCAAUCUUGUAAGCUUACAAGCGCGUAUGAUGUCAUUGAGGGUUUACUCGUAGUUCAAGAAUCGAGGGCUCAAAUGAUUUAUUGGCUGGCUUAAAUCAAUUGUUGAUUUAAUAAGAAAUUGUUAUUUCUCUAGU